UAGGUCUCGGACUACAUUUACACCCACCAUGUAGGAAGUUAGUUAGUAUGACGUCUUAGGUCACGAGACUGAGGAGCCAUAUUGGAGGUGUCAUUCGUAGAUGAAUAUUCACUAUCAAACAAAUUGUUGAAUUUGUGAUCACUCUCGUAUUUGGGGAAUUACUAUGGCGUCAAGAAAGAAGGUUUUGUUAAAAGUCAUUAUAUUAGGGGACAGUGGUGUUGGGAAGACAUCACUUAUGAAUCAGUAUGUGAACAAGAAGUUUAGCAACCAGUACAAAGCCACCAUUGGAGCAGAUUUUCUGACCAAAGAAGUCAUGGUGGAGGACAGAUUAGUUACUAUGCAGAUAUGGGAUACAGCUGGACAGGAGAGGUUUCAGUCACUAGGAGUAGCAUUCUACAGAGGGGCUGACUGUUGUGUGUUAGUAUUUGACGUCACUAUGCCAAAUACAUUCAAGUCAUUGGACAGCUGGAGGGACGAGUUCCUUAUCCAAGCUAGUCCCAGGGACCCAGAGAAUUUCCCUUUUGUUGUCAUAGGAAAUAAAAUAGACUUGGAAAACAGGGCGGUUACUGCCAAAAGAGCACAGAGUUGGUGCAAUAGCAAAGGGGAGAUUCCUUACUUCGAGACAAGUGCGAAAGAGGCCAUUAAUGUUGAACAAGCUUUCCAGACAGUGGCCAAGAAUGCCCUGGCUCAAGAAACAGAAGUGGAAUUGUAUAACGAGUUUCCAGACCAGAUUAAACUUACAAACGAUACGAAAAAGCAAGACAGUGGAUGUGGCUGUUAAUAGAAUGAUAGGAAAUUAUUUCUCUGUUCCAUGUAUUAAAGUUAUCAACAUGAAAGAACUUGAGAAAAUAAAAUGUUUUGUAUAACACACAAAAUUUUUAUUCAUGGACCACACAGAUGUUCCUUGGGAAACUGGAGUAAAGAUGAGAGUGACCAAGCGGUAUCAGUACGUACGACGCAUGUGUGUUGGUGUGUGUGUGUAAGCGGAAUUUGAUUGGAUGUUGUCAAGACAAUACUUGAAUGGUUGGUGCAGUGAUUCCCAAAAUUCAGGACAGGUCCAUGAAACUUGCUUAAUUUAUUUGUGAUUUAGGUCAAAUUUAAACAGAUUUUAUUCUGCAUUUUAAGUAUAUAAGAAUCAUGAAUAUGAAGUCUAUCUCUCCUUUGCUAUGCUCAAAUGAAAAAUUUGUCACAUUUUUGUUUAAAAUGAUUACCAACAAUUGAGGUUUUGCCUGUUCUUUAUUUUUUUAUCAAGUUUUUGUAUGAAAGGAAAAAUUUUUUAUCAAAGAAAAUUCCCUCAGAACAUCUCGACUAUAGCAAAUAAUAUAUUUUGCUUUGUUUUUCAUUCGAACUGAAAGUACAAAUUAUUUUUUUUACAUUUUUACAUGUGGAUACUACGAUGUAAACUCUUACUAUGUACUAGUAGAUACCAAAUUUUUUAAAACCAAAACUUUAACUAUGAAGAAAACAUUUUCAGUAAAUUAGCACUAAUUGUGAAGCAAAAGACUUUGAUGUAACAUAAUUGUUUUAGACCUCAUUAUGUUUACCAUGUGUUACAAUAUUUGUUUAAAAGACCUAGUCUGUUGUAUUUGUGCUUUAUAAAGUUUGGGUCUUAUUUCAUAGUUUGUAUAUACAACAAAUUGUUGACUCAUGGGAUGAAUGCAUGUGACACAUAAACCUUUUGUAAAAUUGUUCAGUUAAAGAUAAUAAUGUUUUCAAGUCCUUGAUGGCUGGGUAUCCAUUACAGACACCCAUGUGAAGUAGUCAUAUAUGUAUUGAGUGUUCUAUUAAUUCCUGGAUUUGUUGAUAUUUAGUUAUUUGGAGUUCACUAAAACAUUCAUAUGCUGUGUAUUGUUCCAUGUAUGAUACUGGUAUACUCUGCUGGGCUGCAAUAUAUUGUUACUGUUAAGUUCAGCCUCAAGUCCAGGAACUUAGGGAUAGCACCAUGAAUUAUUUUUGUGUUGGUACAGUAUCCAUUUCAAUAAUAAAUGCAUUAUUUUAGUCAUUAUCACAACCUUUGUAACCCACUGGUUAGUAGAACCUGUAAGCCAACCAGACCCCCCCCCCUUCUGAAUUUUAAUCUGCUGACUGUCAACAUAAUAUUUUGACCUCCAGCUAAAUUUAUUUUGGCCCCAGCUAAAUGCUUUGGUUUUAUUUAUUUGUUUGAGUGAAGGAGCACCCAUCUCUGAUAAAUCUGCAAACCCGAUAAGUCAUUUAUAGACACUGAUAAGUAGAGGGACUCUCAUCCGACAUAGAUCUUCAGAUUUUAAGAUUGAACAUUAAAGUUAUGAGGAGUAAAUUCAAUAUAGAUAAAUCAAUAUUGGCUUGAUACCUGUUAGUUUUGAUUAUCACUGUUAUUUAUUUUUGAAGAACAAGCCUGUUCUCUAUAUAACAAUGUACUUUACAGUUCUUUGCUUUGUAAGUGAAGGUUUCUUUGUUAAAAUAGCUGCAGAGCUGUAGUUCUUUUUGGGAGGAAAUUGGGAUAUACCAGAGAGCUACAGUUCUGCAGCUGUGUUAGAUGGCAUAUUCCAUUCCCCCCCAGAGAUAUACGGUUCUGUAGCUGCUAUAUUAGAUGGAUAUAAGAAAGUCAUUUGGUGUUGUUAUUUCUUUAGCAUGACUGUAUGCAAAAUACUCCUUUCCUCAACUUCAUUGGGUUUCCAUUUCUGACAGAUUUUGUAUACAACACUCAACACUGUUUAUGUCAUGUAAAUUUUUGAGCAUUAAUGUAAAUCCAUUGAUGAAAAAAUGAUCAAUAAAGAAGAAAUAUACAAUA